AUGGAAAAUGAAAUUGAUACUGAAGGUUUUAGAGGAACCUUUGAAGCAUUACAGUUUGAUGACACAGAAGAAGUGUUUCCAGAUCACAUGUUGAUGACCAUGAAGCAAUUCAAAAUUCUAAAUUCAAAAUUGAAUUCGAUUUUGCGAACUCAAGCUAAUAUAGGAGGUACUUCAUCUGUUUCAAGUUUGGAGGUGGAUGCUAUGUUGAAAAUCUUUGAAGGGCGUGUUACAAACAAAGUUUCUGGGAUGAUACGGGAUUCUAAAGCAAGGGUGUUGGAGAGACUUGAUCUUAAUGAUCAAACAAAUGAUAAUAGACUGAGUUCUCAAAGAAAGGAUUUCUUACACGAAGUGAAGGACUUGAAAGUUGUCACAAGAGAAAGACAUGUUUUGUAUGUUCAAGAAGUAAAGAAAGUUCGUGAAGAUGUUAAUCAACAAAUUACAGAACUUCGGGAAGAUAUGCAGAAGGAAGUUCAAGUUGUACAACAAGAUUAUGCAUCCAUCAAUCAAAAAGUUGACAUUAUCUGUAAUGUUGUCACUAGAUUUGUCAAGCUAUAUGAAACAAUGUAUCCUCAGGUUGUCAAUCUUUUUGAACAGGCUGCAAAACAUUUUGAUGAAUUGGUUACUUUGUUAAAUGAACUGAAGGAGUUAUCAGUCAAACCAGUGUCAUCCUCUCUCAUUACUCCGGAAUUUUUAUCCCAGAAAUUUGUGCAAUUCGAAGCAAUCUUGCAUAAACAAUGA